AUUGCUAGUUUAUGAACACAUGUUUUUCCGUUCGAACAAUUGUCGCAGUUGCGAGAUUACAAACACAGCCAUAAUCUAUCUUGAGUCUCAACUGUCUCAAGCAUUUUUAGGCACACCCUGUGAACUUUAUUUUACUUUUAGCAAUUGUCGACCAAAAAGAGAAAAGAAAAAUUUAGUCACUUACACAGACUGACUUAAUUAAGUGUGAUUUAGUGAUUGGAGAAUGGCUGAAUUCAAGAAUCUGCAGCUCUCUGCUGAACUGGCGUUAUCUCUCGGAAUCUCAGAUCAAGUAAGCGAAGACGCGCUGAACAAAGCCAUUGAACUCAGUAACCGAAUACUCGCGUCAAGUUCAGCCAAGCAGGACCACUUGAACAAGCUGAGAGAGCAGUGCUCAGACCAGAAAGCUUUCUCACAGAAGUACCUAGAGAUCAAAGAAAAGAACUGUGACAUUUUGGGGCCCUAUGUAGAGCUUCUUUCUUGUGUAGCUGAUGACAAACGAGUCAAGAAAAUGCUGAAACUCUGUCAACAAGAAGAAGCAGCUUUGAACGGUAACGGCAAACAAGUCAUCAAUGUGUCCUCUGAAGGACUCUCCCAAGUUAAAAAUAAACUCAAAGCCAUUACUGAGGAGUUUGAGCGACCUUCCCAUGACAACAAACACUCCAUUGAAAGUCACGGAACCCUGAAGAGAUCGAAUGGGAUCACGGUCGAGCUGCCAUCAUUUCCCGACUGGUUUCAAACUCGCCCAUACAUGACAAAUGAUUUUGCUUGCGGCUCGGAAAAGGGAGGCACACCAAUAACUCUAGCAAAAGUACCAGUAGCCUCUCAGGAACAAGCCAUUCUGUCUGACUUGAUAAAUUGCCUCUCUGGAAUUGAUGGCCAACACAUCGUCGCGAUGCCGCUAGAAAAUCUCUAUGCAAAACGUGAAUUCAGAUUUGCUGUUGGAAUGGAUAAAUCUCUGAAAGAGCUUGCCCUGAAAGUACUGGAGUUAGCAAGUUUAUACUCGUCAGUGGUUCGAUUCAUUGAGCAAAAAACUGAGUUUCGUUUUGGCAGAGUCAACAACGCCUUGGCUGCUGCAAUGGACGAACAUAUCAUUGAAUAUUUGGGGUUCGUGGCUCAAAAUGAAAAUCAGCGCCGCUCUGGCAAUCUUGGUCUGCAAAAGCUGGUUUUCAACUCUGAAUCCAUGUCGCAGCUCUUCAGAGUAUUGGCUCACACAGCCCAAACUGUGAACAAUAAUGAUGCUCGAGGAGGCCGAGUAUUGACUCUGCUUCACCAGCUUACCCUCUGCACUGCUGGUGAUAAAAACGCCCAAGAAAUUUGUUUCAAUCUCAUACAAAAAGCUAGCAAACCUUACUUGGAGAGUCUGGACGAGUGGCUGCUAAAAGGGGUUAUCAACGAUCCAUUUGACGAGUUCAUGGUUGAGGACAAUCAGGUAGAGACUGAUGGUGCUUUGAGCACAGAAGACUGUGAUGGCUACUGGGAGAAGAGAUACACAAUUCGUAAAGACCGAGUGCCAUUGUUCAUUUCGGAAUACGCCGAGAAAAUUCUGAGAACCGGAAAAUACUUGAACGUUAUGCAGCAGUGUGGAAAACGAAUCCACUCCCCCCUAAAAUCACGCACAGUGUACACCAUUCAUGGCAGCAAGUGUGAGGAAGUGAUCGAAGAAGCGUAUCAGUACGCGAGCAAAAUGCACUUGGAAAUCCUUCUCCGGGAUUACGAUUUGAUCGGCAGACUGAAGUGGAUGAAAAAGUUCUUCCUUCUGGAGCAAGUAGAUUUCAUUUCGCAAUGCAUGGACCUGUGCGACGAAACUCUGCGCAAACCUGUCAUGGAACUGGAACCGACUCGAUUGGAUUUCUUGUUCGGCCUUGUUCUUCGCACAUCCAAUGUUGAAACUGCGUAUUUGGAGGAUUUGCACACAACGUUGAUCACUAGCUCCUUGCCUGAUCAAAUUCGAAGAAUUAUUUGCAUAUCUAAUGACACUUUUCCACUGGAGGAUAUUGACAGCUACGAUUUGGAGGACAAGGAGUUGAGUGGAUAUGAAAGCUUUGCCUUUUCAGCUGAUGUGAAGUGGCCCGUGUCUUUAGUAAUCAACAGCCAUGACCACUCUCGAUACCAAAUGAUUUUCAGGCACCUUUUCUUCAUCAAAUAUGUGGAGAGAUCUCUUUGCCAGGUCUGGAACUCGAACAAAGUGGCCCGUCGAUUCUCCCCCAUGGAAUCUCCUCUCUACAGACCUGCAUUCUCUCUUCGUCAAAGGAUGCUCAACUUUGUCCUCGGCCUGCAGUAUUACAUGACUGGCGAAGUAAUCGAACCCAACUGGCACAUUUUCAUGGAGAAAAUGAAGAGAGUCAACAGUGUGGAUGACGUGCUGACGUAUCACACGGAUUUCAUUGACCAGUGCCAGCGAGAGUGCAUGCUGACCGUUUUGGAACUGCUGCAACCCCUGCGAGAACUGCUGGACUGCAUCAUGGACUUCUGCAAAUUCAUCUUGCACGUUCGGAAUUACUUUGUGGAGGCUGAGUUAGAACUCACAGAAUCUUUUGACGCAAGCGAGAGUUCUGAGCUUCAUAGAGUUGAUUUUGAGGACAAUUGGACUAGUUUCUCUGGAGAAGUCGAACAUCAUAACGAGAAAUUCAACAGCUUGCUUUUCAAAUUCCUUGACCUUGUAGGUUCUCUUGAGAGAGAUACAACGCAUGCUAGACUCCUCUUGAGAUGCGUUGAAAAUUUCAGAAUGGAUUUUAACUCUUUCUACAGCACCCAGAGGAAAGGCUCCCUGAGUCUUAAUAAGUCUUCUACAAGUUCCACGACUGGUUAAAAAUAUAUGAAAUAAUAUGAUGUGCUGUGUUUGAUAAAACUAUUCCUUACAUAAAUAUUUUAUUCAAUUUAAUGUACCAUCGCCCUAUAAAAUUAUGUAAUUAUGAAGUUAAACAAAUUUAAGAAAAAAAAAGUGUUGAUCAAUCUAAAU